AUGAAGACAAAUCGCCGGUCACAUAAGCGUGAAAAGACACAGGAAGGUGGUAGUGGCCCGGCAGCCAUAAGGGAUCAUGACCACCUCACCAAACAGCUUAUCAAACAAGAAACGAUCAUAUGCGGUGCUUGUGGGAAUGCCGAUACGACACACGGACAUCCAAUUAUCGGAAGUUCGUAUGUGGCCGGAGAAUAUCCAUACGGCACCCACAACAUAAAGGAUAGUGGUGCAUGGUUCAGUUAUCGGAAUCUGCAGAAAUGGAUUGUACAUUACGGCAUUCAGCAGAUGCUCGCAGAAGACGGNACACGGACAUCAAUUAUCGGAAGUUCGUAUGUGACCGGAGAAUAUCCAUACGGCACCCACAACAUAAAGGAUAGUGGUGCAUGGUUCAGUUAUCGGAAUCUGCAGAAAUGGAUUGUACAUUACGGCAUUCAGCAGAUGCUCGCAGAAGACGGUUCUGUUCGAAUAUGA